AUGAAGGCGUUCUUGGCACGAAACCGCGGGACGCAGCGGCCCUGCCUCGGUCUCACCUUUGCGCUGCUCUGCGCGUUUGUUGUUGCGGCGGUUUACCUCACGGCGUACGGCGUUGGCCGGAUGUCGGUGGUCACGCGCGGGCAGGAGAAGUUGGAACUCACCGCCCGUAUCGUCAGCUCUAUGACGGAGCGCCUUUUGCAUUGCGAGGCGCAACGGCAGCAGCUGAGAAGCGGCCAGGCGACUGCGCGGAUGGCACUCGAGAUCGCCAGGGACACGCAAGCAAAUUUGGAGACGGAGCUCGAGCUAUUCCGUAGCCGCAACACCCUCAGCCUGCAGUCCGUGGAGGAGUGCAAGAAGGAGUUGGCGUCGCUGAAAGAAAAAGGGGUCGGCGUGCUGCUCUCGGCUCAGAUUCUCAACCGCCUCGCGGAGGAGCGGCAGCUCUAUCUGAACACCCUCGCCGUCGUCAAUGCAAGUAGCGAGGUGGGGCGGUCGCAGACGGCCGACCUUUGGGCGGCAACCGCGAAGGAGGUCCGCAGGUGGGAGGCGGCUGUCCACAGCAAUAUGAAGCUUUUGCAAACGUGCAAUGACGCGACGCAGCGCUACAGUAUCGUGUUCGACGCCGGAAGUACCGGCAGUCGUGUGCAUGUGUUCCGCUACAGGUUGAUUUCCAAACCACACGCUGACAAGUUCACCGGGCACGUCAAGCGACACUCGCUGCUGCCCUUUCUGCGGCUCGAGGAUGAGCUCUUCGUUGAGAACCAUGAGCCUCUAUCAGGGUUUGACAACGCCACUUCCGCCGCCGUCUCACUAUUGCCCUUGUUAGACGCCGCAAAGUCAUACAUACCGCCGUCUCUGCAUGCGUGUGCGCCGCUUGAGCUGAAGGCAACGGCAGGACUCCGACGCGUCGGCCGCGAGCGUGCACAGGCUGUACUGCACGCCGUUCGUCGCGUCUUUGAGCGUGGACCAUUUUGGAUACAGUCGGAGUUGAACUCCGUGCGCAUUCUUGAGGGAAGAGAGGAGGGGCCGCUUGCGUGGCUCACUGUGAAUUAUCUUAUUGGUACCUUACACGGUGACGCCAAAACAGCCACCAUUGUCGACCUGGGUGGUGGAUCGACACAAAUCGUCAUGCAUUCUAAUGACACCGAUGGGCUGGACGCGUCUGCGGAGUUUUCACAUGUGUUUAACGUGAGUGGUCGUUCAAUUGUGGUGUAUCAGCACAGUUAUGAGGGUAAUGGAUUACACGCCGCGAAGGAGCAGCUGCUUCAGGCGGUGGCCGCCAGCGUAACGGGUAAAGGCCUUGCCGCGCAGGAGUUGAAUACUUCUAACAGCACCGGAAUAGAUAAUGGGCUUAAUGUCUCGGAUGAUGUGGUGCGUGAUGCCUUUCCCUGCUUUCCAAAGGGAUACGUUCACAUGGAAAGUGGCAUCUCCAACACGCGGGAUGGGGGUCAGGUGCCGUCGAUGCAGGCCUGCUCGGCCCUCUUCCGCCGUCACGUGGUGCGGAAGCAUCAACCGUGCGGCGGUGCGUCCUGCGGGUUUAACGGUGUCUUUCAGCCAAACAUUUCUGUUGCAUUAACAGGUCCUGUGUACGUCUUCUCCUUCUACUACGAUUGCCUGAAGCCUUAUAUAAAAGGGGAGGUUAUUCUCGUACAGGAUGUUCUUCAAAUUGCAACUCACGUGUGCCGUUCCAUGAAGGUUGUACAAGAAUUCCAUGCAACGAAGGAUACGGCGAAAGGAGGAGGGUUAAGAAAGCCCGAAAUGGAGUGUUUUGAACUUUCCUACCUCUUUACGCUGCUUCACGACGGGUUUGGAUUUCCGCUGGAGCAGCGGCUGCACAUUGCAAAGAAAAUCAACGGAUUUGAGGUUUCUUGGGCACUUGGUGCCUCUCUGGCUACCCUGGAAGGCCAAUCCGCCUAA